CCCCCCUCCCCACGAAUGGCGCGGCGGCGCCGCCGCGCCAAUGCCGGCCGCGCUCCCCCGGAGCUCCGCCUGGCCUACGGCGCGCGGGCGCGCACCCUCGGCCGCGCCGUCCUCUCGCUCCUCCCGCCGCCGCCGCCGCCGGGCGUGCCCUGCCCCGCCUGCCGCGGCGGCGCCGGCUGCCUCGCGUGCCGCCGCUGGGCGCACCUCCUCCGCGCCGACGACCCGGUCGCGUACCGCAGCCUCGUCACCCGCGCCGUCUGCGCGGUCGCGCCAGCCGGGGCCGCGCCCGCGCCACCGCGGUACACGCCGGGGAAUGCCGGGCACUCGCAGGCCAAGCUCGUUCGGGAGACGAUCAAGUCCAUCAUGGCGGACCGGGCAUGUACAACGAAGAACGUCCUCUGCACUGGUUGCCGUGAGAUUGGCCAGACUGGAUGUGUCAGUGAGCUUGUUUCUUCUUCAUCUUGGGAUAUUCUAUUGCAUAGGAUUGGAGAUCUACUCAUGUGCUAUAUUCUCAGGCAUUCGUCAAUAUUUUUGCCUGUCAAGAAGAGUACUUUUUUUCAAGUCACUGGCCUCCCGCUCAAUGUUCUUUUGCAAAAGCCAAUAUCCACGAGUACCAUGGGAAAAAAUCAACGACCCCAAUCCACAGAACAAAGGUGUCCAAUGUUAAAUCUGUGCCGUAACCCAGACAUUGGCUGUGUCAGCAAUUCAAACGUUGCACCCGCUUCUCCAGAUACUAGUGCAUGGAAAUUCGAUACUCUACAAAGCUCUGGAAGUUAUGGUACUGCAAAAUUUACAGAGCCCAGUUGUUUAAGUGAAGGAUGCAAUCGUUCUGAAUAUCCUCUGACUAAUGGAUCAAUAAAGUGUUCCAAUUUAGAUAAUCAGAAUCCUAGGAAAAGGAAAAGGCUGUACAGUUGGCAACGCCACAGCAAACAGAAGCAGAUUUGUUCUGAGGACAGGUUGUCAACACGUUGGAGUAAAAGAAACAACAGUGAUCUCAUGGUCCAAGAUGUUUUAUUGAAGGACUCGUGUGCUACAGUGUUUGAUGAAGUGCACCCUUCGCAAUUGACAGUAGAUAAAAAUUCUUUACCAAUGAGCAGCGAUGUAAAUAGUUCACUUACUAAAGAGCCAUGUGGUGCAUUGUUCUAUGAAAAGCCACCAAGUUCCAUGUUUGGUAUUAGACCUUCCCAGGGUCACAGUACAUCAAGAAUCAAAUCUACAUGCACACAGAGUGGUCCCAUCUGCUUUGAUUGCUUAAUACUGAAUUCUUCCAAAAGUGUAUCAGUAGAUUCUUUGAUAUCAAGACAUGCUGUCUUCUAUAACCAAAGGACUUCAUAUAACACCUUCCAUGGCAACCACAUAUUAAAUAAAAAGAAAAGACCAGAUGCGUUAUCUCUUAUAAGACAUAUAUUUGGAAUCAAAGGAUGCUGUGCAAAGUUCAUGAGAUGUGACUGCCAUGGGUCUACUACAACAAAUUCUAAUUUCUUGCGUCUUUGGUUACCUGAACUAAUGAAUAAGCUCAUCAGGAAUUCUAAACGCUGCCAAUAUAAGAAACUACUUCUGAAGCAUUGUUCUGUCAAUUCUAAGGUCGCACCUAAUGUUCCCAAGAAUCAUAUCAAGGCACAAUAUUCAUAUGGAGGAAAAUCAGCUUAUGAUGAUCAAUCUUAUGUUCAAUUGGAGGCUUAUAGUACACAUCAGCAAGUAGUUUCCUUUGUCUGGGCAGUGUUGACACGAAUUAUACCAGAGCCGCUACUUGGGAACUCUUACAGCAAGAGAUUGUUAAGGAUAAACAUCUGGAAGUUCAUAAAGUUACGUAGGUUUGAAACCUUUCACUUGAGCGAUUGUAUUGGGGAGCUGAAAGUAUCACAUUAUUCUUGGAUAUCAAAUAUUGGAUUAUCUGAUUGCUUUUGUUCUGCACUAAUCGAGAAAGAAAUUGGGUUAUCAAAUGGAUCAGAGGAGCAGAAACGUCAGAAUCUUCUACAUUGUUGGAUCUGUUGGAUAUUUUCUGAUAUUGUGAUACCAUUAGUCCAGGCAUACUUUUAUGUUACAGAAAGGGAAUCAAGGCGAUAUGAUGCUUUCUAUUACUUAAAGACAGUUUGGAGACACUUAACAAGCAGUGCUAUUGCUUCCCUAAACAGACAAAACCUCAAGGUUCUGCAUGGUACUUCCAAGAAAGCAAUAAGGAAGUUAUGCUGUCCUUCAAGAGUGAGGUUUGUUCCAAAAGCAAAAGAUAUGAGACCAUUAGUAAAUCUCAAAGCUCAGUCAAAGAAUGGACUCCUCAAUAAGUGUCACCUGAUUAUUAAAAAAGUGAGGGACGAGAAUCCUGAGAUGUUUGGUUCUUCUGUUUUUGACUACAAUAAUGUACAUCAAAAACUCUACCAUUUUCUUUCUUCAGUCAGAAGUCACCUGAAGGAAAAACUCAAGAUAUAUGUUGUUGUUGCUGAUGUAUCGAAGGCAUUUGAUUGUAUUAAUCAUGAUAUGGUACUGAAAGUUGUGGAUGAUGUACUGAAAUGUGAUAACUAUGUUCUGAGGAAAUGUAAGAAAGUAGUUUGCAACAGGUCUAAGAAUGCUGUCUACCGCUUUGAUUCAAAUGUCUCUAUCAGCAACAGUAACGAUGUCUGUGAUUUCUCGGUUCAGUUAUCAUCAAGCGGUGGUAUUUUAGUUGACCAGGGGAAAAUUAGCAGCAUACGGAAGAAAGAGAUUCUGCGUCUUCUUUCUGAGCAAGUGAAGUGCAAUAUUUUUAAGAUGGGGAAAAACUUGUACUUACAACAAGUAGGCAUUGCGCAAGGAAGCAAGCUAUCUCCCAACCUUUGUUCCCUGUACUAUGGUCACCUUGAAAAUUCUGUGCUAUUAAAAUUUCUUCAUGAUUGCAAGAUUAAUUCAGAUGAGGAUGUUUUAGCAUCUAAAAGUUUAUUGAUGAGGUUCAUUGAUGAUUUUAUAUUCAUAUCGUUCUCCAAGGAAGAUGCUCUAAAUUUUAUCGAUAGGAUCAGAAGAGGCUUUGUCUACUACAAUUGCUACAUGAACGAGAGCAAAUAUGGUUUCAACUUUGAGGUUCCAAAUAGUGAGAAUUGCUGUAAUAGGAUCUACAGGGGGGAUGAUGGAUUCUCAUUCAUACCAUGGAGUGGUUUGCUUAUAAAUUGUGAAACUCUGGAAAUUCAAGCUGAUUAUACAAGGUAUCUGGGCAUCCUUAUUUCCUCCACCAUUACUGUUAAGAUGCAGUCUUCAGCAAAGUACCUUCAGGGCAAGCUAUGUCACUACAUGCGUCCAAAAUGUCACCCCAUUUUCUAUGACUCCAUGAUCAACUCACCGGGCACAGUAAGACUGAAUAUAUAUCAAUCUUUCCUGUUAUGCGCAAUGAAGUUUCAUUGUUAUCUUCGGAGCAUGGCUGGUGUCAAUAUUAGCAAACUGGAGCUACUCUAUAUAAUUAAGAGAACUCUCAGAUACAUGCACAGUCUCAUCAUUAGGCGGACCCAAGAUGUGGAGCCACACUAUAAUGUGCGUCCAGUUCUGAAGCUUAGGCGAAAAGAAACCAUGUGGCUUGGCAUAUCAGCAUUCCUUCGAGCGCUUCAGAGAAAGCAAUCACGUUACAAGGAUUUGCUGGCAUUGUUGAGAGAAGAAAUUGGGAGAUAUGGCCGCCUAGACCGUCACAAUGACGGUUUGCGCUAUGCUGUGGAUGACCUUCACUCAUCAAUGUUCUGGAAAUUUAAAUUUUAGAAGGAAACUGAGGGGGCUAGAAGGUUGCCGAAGCUACUUUUUUUUUGGCAUAAUUUUCAGUGGAUAAACAGCACUUGUGGCCAGUUGACAGAUGUGUGGUGCCAAUCAUGAUUGUGGUUUUUUUUAUUUGCUACUCACUGUUUCGUAAUGUACGUUCAUGGCGUGGACCAAAGUUCAAUCCUUCAUCCUUGGGUGUA